GUCACCAACUACAGGUAUGAAACAACAAGAAUAAGGCUGGAGCACUUAAGAGAGGCAAUGCCAUUAAAGCAAGCACAGAGAAAGAUUCAGGACCUCCUUUGCAACGGAGAGCCGAUAUGGAAGAUACGGUCGAAGGACACGAAAGCGAGGAUCCUCAUCGGUCACGGCCUCGACCACGACCUCGACUGCCUCAAAGUUGAAUACCCAGCAUUCCUUAUCAGGGACACAGCCAAGUACCCACCCUUGAUGAAAACAAGCAAGCUAAGCAACUCACUCAAAUACCUAACACAAGCUUAUCUAGGACAUGAGAUUCAAAAUGGCAUACAAGACCCCUAUGAUGAUUGUGUUGCUACGUUGAGGCUGUACACGCAGAUGCGGUCGCAAUAGCACCCGCGAGACUAUUUGGGUUCGGGCGAGGCCUCGAGCAGCAACAACUAUCCAUCGUGGAGGCAAAGGGAGUUUGAGAGGAUAAGCCCAUAA